UCGAAAAAACAAGAGAGAGAAACGUGAAGACGGUCGGUCAGCGAGACGGCUCAUGCGUUCGCAUAUGCCCAGUCAGCGAGACGGAACCAGGACCGAGACAACACCCCGUCGCCGGUUAGCUAUCUACCUCAACACGCGUGCCAACCCAAUCUCCAACCUCCCGCUCCCCUCGCGCCGCGAGCACCAGAUACAACGGAGCAGCGCCGAGCAACGCAACAGCCAGCGACGACCCCUUCCCCACUUUCUUCCCUGCCCCGCUCCUUCCCUUGUUGGAGAUUAGAACGCGCCACCGAAAAGCAGAAGGAACGCGCCGCGACGCGGUCGUCAGUGUGGAUUAUAAUUGAGGGAGGCUGAGGGAGGCGCCGCGCUAUUUAGAUACCUCGCGCCGGCGCGCGGGAAGCGGAACGAUCGAUCAAUCGAGCUACCGAUCAAGCAGUGCACCUUGCACGUCUCCGUUGAAGAAAGAGAGAGGGAGGGAGGGAGGGAGAUGGCGGCGGGGUACCGUGCGGAGGAGGAGUACGACUACCUGUUCAAGGUGGUGCUGAUCGGGGACAGCGGCGUGGGCAAGUCGAACCUGCUGUCGCGGUUCGCGAGGGACGAGUUCAGCCUCGAGACCAGGUCCACCAUCGGCGUCGAGUUCGCCACAAAGACCGUCCAGGUCGACGAAAAGCUCGUCAAGGCCCAGAUUUGGGACACCGCCGGCCAAGAAAGGUACCGCGCCAUCACGAGCGCGUACUACCGUGGCGCGGUGGGCGCGCUGGUGGUGUACGACGUGACCCGGCGCGUGACGUUCGAGAACGCGGAGCGGUGGCUGCGUGAGCUGCGGGACCACACGGACGCCAACAUCGUGGUCAUGCUGGUGGGCAACAAGGCCGACCUGGGCCACCUCCGCGCCGUCCCGCCCGAGGACGCCCGCGCGUUCGCGGAGCAGCACGGCACCUUCUCCAUGGAGACCUCCGCGCUGGACGCCACCAAUGUGGAGCGCGCCUUCGCCGAGGUGCUCCGCCAGAUCUACCACGUCGUGAGCAGGAACGCACUGGACAUCGGCGACGACCCGGCCGCGCCGCCCAGGGGGAAGACCAUCGACGUCGGCGCCCCUAAGGACGAGGUCUCACCCGUGAACGCUGGCGGGUGCUGCUCGGCUUAGGUUUUCUUUGCCCGGGUCAAACAGAAGCUUUGCCGAUGAGGACAACGUGUUGCCGUCGUGAUGACAUCUUUCUUGACAUGGUCAAGCGGUUGAGGUAGUUGGUAUUAGGAGAGGGCACCAUGUUUUUGCAAACUUGAAAUCGCUGUCCUCGCCUGUUUGAUACAUCAUUUCGUCGAGGACUUCAGCUCGGCAGAAUGUACAUUUAAAAACUGCAAGUGUCAGGUUACGAUUUUUUAAUUGUCA